AUGCCAUGUCAAAGUUUUAUACAAGAAGUAUUUUGCGGAAAUCUCACAGAAUUAAUUGAGGAUGACUCCUACCAGGAAUGUCCAAUUUCACUGUUUCGCCGGAAAAGAGCUAAUCUGGACUACACACGGUGGCGCGCUAACGUGCAGACUACACCAGAGUUUAUAGUGAAGGUUCUUGAUGAGGAAGUUACUACAUCGAAUGCAAAUCAAAUUGUUGCUGUGAACAUAUUGCCUGUGACGCAGAGAGUAGAGAAAAUAAUUGUAGGCGGCGCGAUGGUUCCGCCGCCGAUGUCCACUGUGAGCUCCGCUGAUCUCUCGAAGGAUUAUACACGAUUCGUACCACCUACCACCCUUUCAGUUACUCAAAUUGCUGAUAAUCUUGCGCUCCAACUUAAAACCACGACUCCGCAAGAGGGACCACAACCAAUAUCACCUCCUGCCCAAUCUUCCCCACCUUUUGUCCGUUCAAUGGAGGCCUUGCACAAUCCACGACGAGACGAGAGCCCGCCUGCAAGUCCGCAAUUUAUUUCACGAUUCUCCAAACCCAAAGUACUGGCUCGCCAAUAUGCACCUAUCGCACCUGUGGCAUUUACACGCCGAUCAUUAACACCACUUACUCCUUCAACAAUUGAUUAUAAUAAAGAAUUUGUUCAACCCACAAGAUCUACCUUCUCCGGUAAAUAUCAGUUGUCAUCUCGAACUUUCCCGGAAGAACGCACUUCCUCUUCGAUUAUAUAUGACGAUCGAUUUAGUUUGCCACCACAGUCUUCCCCUCAUAGGCCUUCCACAGAAUCGAAGCAGAACUCUAUUCUGACAUUUGUUUAUGAGGAGCUUCGACCACACGAUGAAUUUGUAUCUCGAACAACUCUAAAGAGAGAUCCUAGUCGAACUCCCGGUCCGCCAAAUAAGACGACAGACCUAAGUUUUAGUUUUCGUUUUAAAACACCAAACACAAAGCAUGACAACCCUACUCCAGCUAGCGUAGAUAAAGUACCGUAUAUUCAGAAAUUACAAGCUAAACCAGAAGAUUCUCGCGGAAAGGAUCAUGAAGUAGGAGAGAAAGAAGAAAAAUUUUUACAGCACAAACUGACCACAGUCGUAGAAAAAGAAUUGGAUAUAAAUUACAAUAACUUAUUUUAUAAUGAUGAAUAUAAAGAAGUUACUACACGAAGACCGUUAGAAACAUCUGUCCAUUACAUACCGGAUGAAUACGAUGAUAAAUCUAAAUACAAAGAAAUAAAUUCGGUAUCUGCUAUUGAUAAAAUCGAAGGCCCAGAGUCAAAUGACGACACAAAGCAAAGUAUAACGGAAAAGGACGUAAUAUAUAAUACGUAUAAUCAUGAAUUGGAAAAAGAACUGCAGUUAAGACGUGCUGUCACGAAAAAUAUUUCUAUUGACUUAGAUAUUUCUACAGUGACGGCAACUUCAAGUAAAUCAGAAAUCACUGCUACAGAACCCGAUAAAGACGUAAAAAAAGGAGAAGAGAAGAGACAAACAUGCUCUAUGUUGAAAUUACGUCAACUAAACUUUAACUCACCACGCACUUUAUCAGAGAUAGUAGCUCAAUUAAAGCAGUGGGCGGAAGAUAGUCCCGUGGCAAAGUGGAUUGAUAUAACUGAUGGAAAUCUCACUACGAUGGAGAAUCCUAUACACAUGAUAAUAGUUGAUGACCCUAGUAAUGGACAAAUUAUGUCAGCGAAGCAAACUGUGAUGAUUGUCGCUGGGAUUCAAGGUCGAGACCAUCACGCUGUCACAGCAGCCAUGUACGUUCUCUACCAGCUAGUAGAACGCAGUGAGUUCCAUGCUGAUGUCCUGACUAAAUAUCGCUUUUGGAUCAUACCGGUCUUCAAUCCAGAUGGAUAUGAUUACUCUAUGACUUUUCCACAUCGACGAGAAUGGACGAAGAAUCUUCGUCAAACGUGGGACAAUUGCAGGGGCAGAGAGUCGUGUAAAGCGUGCGAAACUUUCGGUCUCAGAUGCACCAUCCAGCCCUGCUACGGAGUUAAUUUAGAUAGAAAUUUCGAAUAUCAGUGGAUACCCACGGAGGAAUUACAAGCCGAACAUCCGUGCGGAUUACUAUAUGCAGGCGAGCGGCAGUUAAGCGAAGCUGAAACACUGUCGCUAACACACUUUCUGCACGAUCAACGUUUUCCUCUCUACACGUUUAUUGCCUUUAAAGAGGGUGACGUGCUUGGAGUAAUGUACCCAUACUCACAUACGCGAAAAAAAAGGGCCUUCGAUCACGUUUAUAGGCAAAGAGCAUCUCGUGCGGCGGCUGCUGCCUACAGCAUAAGUGGGAGACCCUACGUUGCAGGGCAGACAUCGGAGUUUUUGCCCUUGUAUGCAGGUGGAAUUGAGGAUUGGGUGGACAGCCACGUCGGUAUAGACAAUACAUAUACCAUCAUGAUGUUCCGGCCUACGGACUCGUACAAUAUGAAACUUAUUACCGAGCAUGUAGUUCACGAAGCAUAUGCAGCAAUUGAUACAUUAUUGAUGCAAAGUUCAGAAGUAUUAAGUCCGCCAAGUCUCACGCUCACCCAAGCAAAAGCUUCAAGAAUACUUCCCAUGUCACUGUUGUUUGUAUCUACCAUCCUGCAGAUAAUGCUAACUGGAUACAAGUAAACAUAUACAGUCGAUCGGGUAUAUUAGUUCAUCAAACCUUAUAUUGAUAUGUCCUGUCAUGUCGAUACAAAUCUACCUCAAGCAGUAGUCUUUACAUGGGUGGACAAAACAGCAGCACCUAUACAAUAUAGUCGAUAUAGUAGUAGUUAACCUUUUGACCGCAACUGACAAAAGCUAGUAUUGUUUCCUAGACGCCAAGUCUAGUGAUGUGACAUAUUAUGAAUUUUAACCUUAUAUUAAUUAAAUUCUCUUAAGUUAAACAAAAACCUACCACUAAAUGCAACUAUGAAUCCAUACUUAACUAGAAUAUACAAAUAUCAUAUGGUUUCAUUGGUGCUUAAAGCAUCUAUGGCGGUCAAAAGGUUAAAUACUUGUCUAUGUGAUUGACAUGUAAAGAAUUGUCAAUGAAUCACUAAGUGCUCUAGUUUAUAAACUAAGCCUUCCGGUAUAUUCGUGUA